CCAGGACCAACUACUUUAAUGGCGAGGACAUGUUAUCCUGCUGCAUUGGGAACGUCCAUGUGGCUGCCUUAAAUGUGCUACCACGUCCGCAACUGCAUCUUCUUGGCUCAUCAAACCACUUCUCAUUUUCUUCGAAUUCAAAGCUUCCGCAAGCCAACCGUCGUCUCUCCACCAUUUCAGACAAGGGGAAGAUUGAUUCUCCUUUUUUAUAGUUGGAAAUAUCAGGAAUACAGCACAUUGUGCUUUAAUCUUCAUAUUUAUGCUUAGUUUAUCUUACCGAGCCUAGGAAAAAUGAUCCUUUUGGUUAUUGAAAUGCCCCGGAGAUCUAAACCAUUCACAAAAGGAGCCAUUUUCUUCUACUUUCUCUCACCGAUUUUAAAUACUCAGGCUCAACUGCUCCAUGACCACUGAAGGGCUUACCAGGAAAAAAAACCAGAAACCCUUCUGCCAUGUCGCGUUUUCUCCGGGCUCUUGUGAUUGUGCUUUCUUGUGUUUGGCUGCCCCCAAUUACCGAGCAGUACACAUCAUCUCAAACACAGGUUCUGCAGCAGCUAAGGAAACAGCUAGAGUUCCCCAAACAGCUGGAAGCUUGGAACUAUACGCAAAACAUCUGUUACCUUCCCACAACUCCUGUUCUAACUGUGAUCUGUGUAGGCAACUCGGUGACUGAGCUCAAGAUUGUGGGUGAUAAGCUUGCCAAGCCUGAUAAGUUCAAUGGCUAUUCUGUUUGGGGUAAAACUCUAUCACCCGCCUUCUCUGUUGAUUCCUUUUUCACUACUCUGACGAGGUUGCCUAGCUUGAAAGUUGUUAUUUUGAUUUCGUUGGGGAUAUGGGGUCCUCUCCCUGAUAAAAUUCAUAGGCUCUCUCUGCUUGAAGUGCUUGAUCUUAGUUCAAAUUUUUUCUAUGGAACAAUUCCUCCUAAGAUAUCUUCUAUGACAAUGCUACAGACAUUGGCAUUGGAUGGAAACUACUUCAAUGAAACUAUUCCUGACUGGUUUGAUUUGCUCUCAAAUCUUACAAAUUUGAGCUUGCAGCACAAUAGAAUUAAGGGGCCAUUGCCUUUGUCUAUUGGAAGGCUUCAUACCCUUACUGGUAUUUCUUUGUCAUAUAAUAGCAUAUCAGGUAAAAUACCUGAUUUGAGUGGGUUGCUUCGGUUGGAAGUAAUGGAUAUGGGAGACAAUGAGUUGGAUUCUGAACUUCCACACAUGCCUAAAAUGCUCGUCACGAUGUUACUUGGUAAGAAUAAAUUGACUGGAGAGAUUCCCGGGCAGCUCAGUGAGUUAACUAAGCUUCAACACCUUGAUUUGUCGUUCAACUUGCUCGAAGGGACUCCGCCGCCAUCACUCUUUGCAUUGCCUAACAUCAGCUAUGUAAAUAUAGCAUCUAACAAGCUCACUGGUUCUCUUCCAGUCAGUUUAACAUGUGGAAGCCAACUUGGAUUUGUUGAUAUUUCUACAAAUUUGUUUAUGGGAAGAUUGCCUUCUUGUUUGAGCUCUAACUCAAAUAACAGAGUUGUUAAGGUUGAUGGAAAUUGUUUGAUAGUAGAUUCUCUGCAUCAGCAUGAAGCUUCAUACUGUAAAACUCAUACCAAGAGGAAGUUUUCGAAGAUCAAGAGUUUGGUUUUACUGGUUGCUGUCAUUGGAGGGGUUGCUUUCAUUGCGCUUCUGUUGCUUUUCUUUCUGUGCUACUGUAGAAGAAAGCAAGCAGGAGCUGUUUCGGAACAGAGUUUAUUGCCUAAGCCUGGUUUGGAUAAUUCAGCUUCAGGGUUGUCUUCUGAGCUUCUUACGAAUGCUAGAUUUGUUUCUCAGGCUAUGAAGUUUGGCCCCCAAGUGCUACCUACUUAUAGAGCAUUCUCCUUGGAGCAUUUAAAAGAAGCAACCAAGAAUUUUGAAAGUUCAUCAUAUAUAGGCGAGGGAACUGCGGGGAAGCUUUAUAAGGGGAGGCUAGAAAAUGGAAUUUUUGUCGCUAUAAGAUGUUUGGUAUUAUCUCGAAAACAUUCAAUAAGGAACUUGAAGCUAAGGUUGGACCUACUUUCAAAACUUCGCCAUCCACAUUUGGUUUGCCUCUUAGGACAUUGCAUUGAUUGUGCGGCGGAUGAUUCUAGUGUUGAUAGGGUCUUUCUUGUUUAUGAAUAUGUACAAAAUGGGAAUUUUCGCUCCCACUUAUCUGAGCGCGAUAUGGAGAAAGUUCUGAAGUGGCAUGAAAGAUUGGGAGUUCUCAUCGGCAUAGCUAAGGCGGUCCACUUCCUGCACACUGGAGUUAUUCCUGGUUUCUACAGUAAUCAACUGAAAUCUCAUAACAUUUUAUUAGAUGAAUAUCUUGCAGCAAAAGUGAGCGACUAUGGCUUGACGAUCAUUACAGAAGAAAUUCACAAAACUGAGGCUAGGGCUGAAGGGCAGAGAGCCAUCCAAAGCAAAUACAUAGCAUCGGAAGGAUUACACUUGGAGGAUGACGUUUAUUCUUUUGGCUUAAUCUUACUUGAAGCACUUCUUGGACUACGAAGAUCUGAAAAAGGGGGAGCAUUUCUUCCAUAUGAAAUGGCUAUGUCAUUCAGUAGUCAGGAGGAGCAAAAGCGAAUCAUCGAUCCCAUAGUCAUCGGAACUUCUUCGCAGGAAUCCUUGUCGACUGUGGUUUCUCUAACAAGCAAGUGCUUGUCUCUCGAAACUUCAUCACGACCUUCCAUUGAGGAUGUUCUCUGGAACUUGCAGUAUGCCGCACAGAUCCAGGCGACAGCUGAUCGCGAUCAGAGGUCAGAUGUUGGAUCACAAACUUCUACAUGUGGGUAGAGAAGAGAAUCUAAUCAUCACAUUUCACCAUGCCCGCUGCUGAAUUGAAUGUGGGGGUCAAUGGAAUUCACUUUUAAAGGCUCUGAUAAGGGCAGUUUUUUGGAGGCAUUGUGUGAUGUAUUUUUUUUCUUCAACAGAUCACUGAUGAGAUUGUAGAUAAAUGGAGUUGUAUGCUUGUUUGGAAUUUUGGGCUUCAAGUUAAGCUGGCUUCUGUGUAAAAUGUUUGAACACCUAUUAUGCUGUCAUAGAUUUCUAACAUGUCUUGAUAUUUUGAGUAUGAG